AUGGCGACCGGUGCCCGCUUCCAAAAUGGCGGCCUCGCCCUCAGGCAGGGGAGAGAGAGGGAAUAUGGCUGCGGCUUCCUCCUCUCCUGGGCUCUGGUGGCACUGGCCAUGGAACCGUACGUGCUGCUGGACCCACGACAGAGAGCACUGUAUCGCGACGUGAUGCAGGAGAGCUACGAGACGCUGAUGGCGCUGGAAUUCCCCGUUUCUAAGCCCGAUCUGCUGUCCCGCCUGGACCAUGGGGAUGAACCUACAGCCCUGGAUCUCCACGUGCCCAGGGACACCCCGGCUGCAGAGGAUGGAGCGGAAGCGGAGCAGGACCCCCCUCGAGAAGAAGCUGCUGAGAAAGAGCCCGAAGUGGUGAAACCUGCGGGUGAGGAGCAUCCUUCGAGCCCCACGGAGGCCGGAGCGAAGGCGGGCAGAAGCGUGGGACUUGGGGAGACGGCCACACGCCCCAGUGAGAGCCAACCCAGCAACACGUGCGGUGAGUGCGGGAAGAGCUUCAGCCACAAGUCUGCCUUGGUGAAGCACCAGAAGAUCCACACCGGUGACCGCCCCCACGAAUGCCCCGACUGCGGUAAAUGCUUCAUCCAACGCUCGGACCUCACCAUCCACCAGCGGGUCCACACAGGUGAGCGGCCCUAUGCCUGCCCCCAGUGCGGCAAGACUUUCACCCACUCCUCCAACCCCCUCCUCCACCGCCGCACCCACGCCAGCACCCGGCCCCACGAGUGCCCGACCGGCGCCAAGGCCUUCGUCUCCGAUGCCUGCCUGCAGAAACACCUGCAGAGCCACGCCGGCCACACUGCCAUGCCCCCGCUCCUCCCGGCACCUGCUGCGGCACCAGAGACGCUCUGGAGGUGCUCCACUUGCCCCUUGAGCCUCACCAGCGAGGAGGAGCUGCUGGGCCACCAAGAGAGCCACUCAGUGACAGCGGUCACCCCACCGGCCGCUCCCCACCGUUGCCCCACCUGCGGCAAGACCUUCAAGAACAGCUCGGGGCUGGCCCGGCACCGGCACGGCCAUGCUGCCGAGCGGCCCUUCAAGUGUGCCGUAUGCCCCAAGACCUUCACCCAGUUGGCUGGGCUGUUGGGCCACCAACGCAGCCACCCGGCCACUGCCCCACCGCAUCCUCCCCCCGAGGCUCCUCACCCCCCGGCGGCACCCCAGCCUGCCCCAGAGCGCCCUUACCAGUGCACUGAGUGUGGCAAAGCCUUCAAGGGUUCCUCAGGGCUGCGUUACCACAUGAGGGACCAUACGGGUGAGCGACCCUACGCUUGCCGCGAGUGCGGCAAGGCCUUCAAGCGUUCCUCCCUCCUCCAGAUCCACCAGCGGGUUCACACGGGGCUGCGGGCUUUCGAGUGCGCCCAGUGCGGCCUCACCUUCAAGUGGGCAUCCCACUACCAGUACCACCUCCGGCAGCACACCGGCGAGUCCACCUUGUUGGCUCAUCGCCGCACCCACACCGGCGAGAACCCUUACCAGUGUGGUGUCUGCGGCAAAGGCUUUGCCUGGAGCUCCCACUACGACCGGCACCGGCUCACCCACACCGGUGAGAAACCUUUUUCCUGCGCCCACUGCGGCAAAUGCUUUGGCCGCAGCUCCCACCGCAACCGGCACCAACGUGCCCACACGCAGGGUGGCCCGGAGAAGCGGCACGUCUGUCCCGAAUGCGGCAAAGCCUUCGGCCUCGGCACGGCCCUGGCAGCUCACCAGCGACUGCACGCCGGGGAGAAACGCUACGAGCGCUCCGAGUGCGGCAAGGGCUUCACCACCAGCUCCUUCCUCCUCACCCACCAGCGCAGCCACACCAGGGAGACCCCCUUCCUCUGCAGCAUGUGUGGCAAGAGCUUCGCGGUGGUCUCCAACCUGGCGCGGCACUGGCAUGUGCACACCAGGGAGAAGCCGUUUCGGUGCGGGGAGUGCGGGCGGCAGUGCAGCCAACGGGCUCAUCUCACCACCCACCAGCGGGUCCACACCGGCGAGUGAGCCUUCAUCUGCAGGGAUUGUGGGAAGGGCUUCAACGUCAACUCGUCCCUUACCAAACACCAGCGGGUACACUCCAGGGAGAAGCCCUACCGCUGCCUCAAGUGCAGGAAGAGCUUCAGCCAGAGCUCCAACAUCAUCACGCACCAACAGCUCCACCACGGGGUGCACCAGCUCCAUGCAGGAGCGGCUCCAGCUCCCACACCGUGCUGGUGA